UAAAAUUCAAAGCACAUUGGGGCAUAUUGAAGUGAUGUUCAAGGGCAAAGGUGCUACACACGUAGGGAUGCACCUCAUAACUUGGUACCGGCUAAGAAGGGGGAGGAUCGCCUGGUAGGAUAUAUAGCAACUAGCAUCUCUCCCUCUUGGGAUUUCUUGUUCUUGUUCUCGUAGAGGCACACAAGUUCUGUCGUUAACUUUCUUAUCCUCAGUCCAGUCAGUGCGGUUUCUGGUUCUCAAUAGACCAUCGGGGUUCCCUUGCAUAGUCUACAUACACUCGUUCACUCCAGUAAAACCAUCUCAAGCAAAAUGUACGUCCUCGCCGCCCUCACCUUCGCUUCCGCGGCCCUCGCGGUGCCCUUCCCUCUUAGAAGGGCAUACGGUACGGGUGCGCCAUCCUAUCCGGCUGUCCCUACACCUGUUGCUACAUUUCCCGGUACCGCACCGACUGGCGGAUCGACAGCCUUACCAACCGUAGUUGAUCCAACAACGUCGUCGUACCACGUUACCGUCACGUAUGCAACUAGCUCUUCGGUUCUCACGUCUGCAGUGCCAUUCCCCACAAGCCCCCUAGAGACAUCUGUCUCAUCGCUAUCUUCAUCUCUUUCUAUUCCUCAGCCGGACCCUACGCCGUCUGUGUCUCAGCCAGCCGGCGCGCCCCCUUCAUUCCCAACGUUCCCGGCUUCUUUCCCGACGUUUCCCGGAACUGCUCCGGGAACUGCCCCGGGAACUGCACCAGGAACCGUACCUACUGGCGGUUUCCCUCCCCAGCAGCCGGCUACCUCCCAGUACUCUGUGAGCGUUAGCUACUCCCGGACAAACCCUGGCUACCCAGUUGCCACGCCCAACUAAGAUAUACGCCUACAACGAAAAGACACGCGGCAUGCCCCCCUCGGAAAGGAAAAGAAAAUAAAGUUUUGAUUCGCAAGAUCGAAGACGACCCUCU